AUGUCGUCCUCUACACAGCAGCCGAACGGCCUAUCUGUUUACGAGCGGCUGAAGCAGAAAGGGUGCACAUCUGAGGGCGGAAGUGGUAGAAGCUGGGCCGACAGGUUCCACUACGGGGAGAUACCGUGGAACAAUGAGGGUUUCUUUAACCCUGACACCCAGACUUAUGUCCCCUUCGAAGGAAAUCCCCACCUCGUUCCUACGCCGCCGAUACUCCCCUUGCCGAGUCCGGGCUCUUCGCCGUCAAAUUCGCUAUAUCUUCCGCCUCCACGUGUCCCCAUUCCGGCACAUAUCCAGCAUACGUAUGGCCCGUUCCGGCAGACCGACAUCACAGCUCCCUCGCAGCGCAUCACGCAUGACAAUGUUGCGGUUGAAUAUGCCACCCUCUACGCCCCCACCAAAUCUCCCACCCCUGAAAGAGCAGAAAAACCGAAAGAGCCCGAACAUACGCCCAUGGAGGGACUCGAUGAUCUGGAUCUUGGGGCCGAGUCGUCGCUCUCCGAGUACGACACCGACGCCGGCGAGGAGUACAUCCCAUUCGACAAAGAAGCGCAAAAUGCAGCAGAAGCGCGCAAUGUGCCACGUCGCGCACGCUAUGCGGCCAAGAAACGUGCACAGCAAAGCGGUACAUCAGGCGCAGACUCUAAGAAGAACGACAUUGCUGGCCCUAGUCAGCCUGCUGGGGGACUCCAGGCGGCGGCAGCCAGCGGCUCUCAGGACACUCUCACCGCAUCGGAAGGUAACGAUGACGACGGAGAGGCGGCGGGCGUCGACGACGAGCCGGCCACGCCCAUAGUGAGAGGUAGGGGUAAGGCUAGAGGCGGGAGGGGUGCUAGGGCUGGAAGAGGACGCGGUGGCAGGGCGAGGGGUCGCGGUCGUAGGGGAGCUUAG